CAGGCUCCGGUGGUCACGUGACGGCAGCACCCGGAAGUGGUGAGACGGGCCGGGGAGUGUGUGGAGGAGGGAGAGGGGUAACGCGGCUCCUCGACCCCAGCGCAGCAAGGUAUCGGCACGCCGGUGUCUCCGGAUGAGCGAAGAUGAGUCGACCGCCUUCCUCGCAGAACCUGAUGUGCGGAGCGUGGGAGAUGAAGGAGCGUCUGGGUACAGGCGGAUUUGGGAACAUCAACCGAUGGAGUAAUAAGGAAACCGGGGAGCAGAUUGCCAUCAAGCAGUGUCGGCAGGAGUUGAGCGCCAGGAACCGAGAACGCUGGUGCCUGGAGAUCCAGAUCAUGAAACGGUUAAACCACCCAAAUGUGGUGGCCGCGCGGGAUGUUCCUGAGGGAAUGCAGAAACUCUCCCUCAAUGACCUGCCCCUGCUGGGAAUGGAAUACUGUGAAGGAGGUGACCUCCGUAAGUUCCUGAACAAGUUUGAAAACUGCUGUGGCAUGCGGGAGAUGCCAAUCCUCGCCCUGCUCACUGACAUCGCCUCCGCCCUCCGGUACCUGCACGAGAACAGGAUCAUUCACCGAGACCUGAAACCAGAGAACAUUGUGCUGCAGCAGGGGGAACAGCGCUUAAUGCACAAAAUUAUCGAUCUGGGUUAUGCCAAAGAGCUAGAUCAGAACAGCCUGUGCACGUCCUUCGUUGGAACAUUACAGUACCUGGCACCAGAGCUCCUGGAACAGAAGAAGUACACGGUGACGGUGGACUACUGGAGCCUGGGGACGCUGGCCUUCGAGUGCAUCACCGGAUUCCGGCCCUUCCUUCCUAACUGGCAGCCCGUGGCCUGGCACAGCAAGGUGAAACACAAGGGCGAUCGGGACAUCAUGGUGGCCGAAGACAUGAACAUGGAAGUGAAGUUUUCAAGCCAACUCCCUCAACCCAACAACCUGAACAGUGAGCUGGUGGGUCCCAUGGAGCGGUGGCUGCAACUGAUGCUGACGUGGAACCCAAAGGAGAGGGGCACCGACCCUGUCCACGGGCCGAACGGUUGCUUCAAGGCGCUGGACGACAUUCUGAACAAGAAGUACGUGCAGGUCCUGGACAUGAAAUCGGGAGUUGUCCACACCUACCCAGUCACUCCCGAGGCCAGCCUUCAGUGCCUACAGCAAUGGAUCGAAGACACGGCCAACAUUCCGGCCUACAACCAGGAGCUGCUGUUGGAGACGGGUACUGCCAUAGACCCCCGGAAACCUGUGAUCCAGUGUAUGCCAGACAAUAGGCCGUGCGAAGGGAAGAAGGCGGAGCCGACCAUCAUUUAUCUCUUCGACAAGAGCACCAGCACCUACGACGGGCCCGUCCUGGUCCCCAAGCAGCCAGAUGCCGUCAGCUUCAUUCUACAGGACCCGAAGAGGAUGCUGCCCUACGUGCAGCUGCGGCGAGCCUGGGGGCAGAGCUGGGACCUGAUCCGCAACAUGAAGGAGAACUGCGUCCGGCUCCAGCAGGGACAGAGGGCUGCCAUGAUGAGCCUGCUGCGAUGCAACAGCACUCUGUCCAAGAUGAAGACCACCAUGAUGUCCCUGUGCCAGCAGCUGAAGGCCAAGUUGGACUUCUUCCGCGUCAGCAUUCAAAUCGACUUGGAGAAGUACAGCGAGCAGAUGGCUUUUGGGAUCACCUCCGAGAAAAUGAUUACUGCCUGGAAUGAAAUGCAGAUGAAGGCAGAAGGUUGUGGAAGGAUGAAUGACGUCAGCAGUCUAGACGAGCAGUCGAUGGCACUUCAGACAGACCUGGUCGAUCUACAGCGAAGCCCAUCAGCACGGCGACAGGGCGAGCCUCUGGAGGGCCUAGAGGAAGAGGCCAUGGAACUGUAUCGCAAACUCAGGGAAAGACAAAGAGAGCAGCGGACCAAUGGAGACAGCCAGGCAAUGGUGCGCAUCCUCCAGCAGACCCUGCAGAGUUUUGAUGCCAAGGUGAAGGAUAUCUACUCGCACCUCAGUAAGACGCUGGCCUGUAAGCAGAAGGUGAUCGACCUACUACCAAAGCUGGAGAGGGUCCUGCAGCUGAUGACCGAGGACGAGAAGCUGGUGAUGAAACUUCAGGAGAAACGGCAGAAAGAGCUCUGGCACCUGCUGAAGAUUGCCUGUAGUAAAGUCCGAGGCCCGGUGAGUGGAAGUCCGGAGAACAUCAGUGCCAACCGCCUGUCUGCCCCCAGCCAAUCCAUCUCCCCUCCACAUGCCAUCUCAAGCAUGGAGAAGUCAAGAAAUGGCGAGGAGUCGCUUCUGAUGAUUGAAGAAAGUCAGAACUAUCGCAGUCAGCUUCUAAGUGCCAUGCAAGAGACAAUUCAGGACCGGGAGAAUUCCUUACAGUCUCUGGAUUGGAGUUGGCUUUCCAGCCAUUGAGGAAGAGGACAGUGGAUUUGAACACCUUUGAUUAGCUGUGAACAUCUUGCAGAAUAAGCCAUGCCUUCCCGUCAUCAGUGAGUGUGAUACAACAACCCUCGCUUUGGAAAGAACACAAACCAGCCACUGUUCCUCUGUUGGUGAUGAGUAUGAACAAGCUGCCUCAUGGACGACUAUCUGGUCCUGUGUCCCAAUCCCUCUGUGCUCACAGGAUUAGGAAGGGAAGGAACCAAUCACCUCCCAGGAACAACCUUGUCUAUUUCUGCGCUUGCUCUGUUUGCCACAGUGUGUUUUGUGGACCAUCUUGUGUGGGGUGGGGGCGCUGGUGGGAUUGGGAGUGCGGAGCUACACAGGGGGGAAGACACCUGAUUCAAGAUUAUUUCUCAUACUGUGGGAGGGUUGGUAAUAAAAUGCUUCGUUUGAAUAGGAUCCAGGCGCCAAUGAUCAAAACUGCAGCCAAAUGGAGCACAUAAUGGAUACUCUGCAUACAUUUUAUUGAAUAAAUAAAAUGCCUUUAAAAGUGCCUUAUUAAAGUGGAGACACCAUCUGUAUGCAACUUUGUAAUUUUGCUGUUGUGACUAAACAGAGCAACACAUACAAAAUGCUGGAGGAACUCAGCAGAUCAGACAGCAUCUGUGGAAGUCAAUAAACAGUCGACAUUUUGGACCGAGGCCGUUCAUGAGCACCUGGGCGCUGUAUUCAUUUCCACCAAUGCUGUCUGACCUGCUGAGUUCCUCCAGCAUUUUGUGUGUUGCUCUGGAUUUCCAGCAUCUGCAGAAUCUCUGGUGCUUAUAACCAAAUAGAGCUGCCUCUUGCUGCUACGCCUGGACAGGUUACUGAGGUCCUGCUGGUUUCUGGAUAAUGUGCCGACAUAAAAUUUUAUCUUUUGUGGGGUCGAUAGGAGAGUGAGAGUCGAUGAUUCAAGCCUUCACCGGUAUGAUUCAGAGUAAUUAAUUUUAUUUGUACACAGAAAAUAAAUGUUGA